AAAUACGUUCACAACUAAAAAGGCAACGACUGCAGCAGCACUACCGCCAAUAGCAGAAAUCUCAGCGGCAACGAUACAUAUGGCAACAGCAGUGAUUAGCAAUUCUCUUGCCAGUUGAUCUCUUCGCUUUAACGGCAUUCGAAGCAAAGUUUUCGAUUUGCUUGAGCGGUGUACGUCGCGUUGUGAACAUUUUUGCUGAGAUAAAAAUAAAAACAAAUGUUAAAAAAAAUGUUAAUCGCUUUAUGAGCAAAACAUUAUAAAAAAUUGCUAAACCUCCUCCACACGCGCACUCAUCCGCCUACACAUAAAUUGGUUGGUGCUGCACAACAGCUGACGAAAAUGACAACCACCCAGUCAACUGUCAUCGUGACAAUUGACAACAACGAUGCUGCCCUGGAAAAUGUUAUGCCGGUGUUGCCUUCAAACGUUGGUCAUUUGCUAGAGGAACCCGUUGACAUACAAUGUCCAGCUUGCGGAAAGAAAUGUAUGACUCGCGUGGAGCUUCAGGCAGUGACAUUUUUGCAGAAAUUUGUAGCUGUUGUUAAUUUUUGUCUAUGUUGCAAUCCCAUACGCUGGAGCGGUCGGCAUGACGUCAAUCACUAUUGCAGCGAAUGCGGCUGUUACAUUGGGCGAUAUAUAACGUUGAGUUGGUACAAGAAGCAGUUGUUCAAAAUGCAACGAUCUGAUGUGGUAUUCGAAAAUAGGUGGCAACGUUUUCGUAAAGUUGAGAAGGAAACACUCGAUAAUAAAAUAUUGGCCAAACAGCAGGCGAGGGAGCAAUUGAAAUCCAAGACGACAACGAAUGCUUGAAAUAGUUUUCAACUUUAA